AAAGGAAUCUUCUCUCCACGCGGACCACGCACUCUUCAUUUUCACUAUUUCUUUCUAUUCUCAAUUUUUUCAUUUCACAUUUGUUUAUUUCCAUUAUAAAUACAAAUUCCAAGUCGUCUUUAUUUCUACACAACAAUAAAACCAUUCAAUACAUUAUUUAUUUCCAUUCUUGAUCACUUACAAAUAUCUGUCAAGAAACCAAAAAAGAAAGAAAAAAAGAAAAACAAGUCGCCACUGUUUCUGAUGGCUUACUCAGUUUCAACUCCUUUCCCAAUCUCUCUUCACCCAAAGACCGUUCGUUCAAGGCCGUUGAAAUUUCGAGUUCUGACCCGUCCGAUCAGAGCCUCCGGAUCAGAUCUAGCCGUAGAGUCACGAACCGGAUCUAAAGAUCUCCCGAUCCGUAGCAUACCCGGAAGCUACGGUUUACCAAUCGUUGGACCAAUCAGUGACCGUUGGGAUUACUUUUACAACCAAGGACCUGAAGAGUUCUUCAAAUCUCGCAUCCGUAAAUACAACUCUACCGUCUACAGAGUCAACAUGCCACCUGGUGCUUUCAUAGCCGAGAAUCCACAAGUCGUUGCUCUGCUCGACGGUAAAAGCUUCCAAGUUUUAUUCGACGUCGAUAAAGUCGAAAAGAAAGAUCUCUUCACCGGUACUUUCAUGCCAUCAACUGAGCUUACCGGCGGCUACCGUAUCCUCUCUUACCUUGACCCGUCGGAGCCUAAACACGCUAAGCUCAAAACACUUCUUUUCUUCCUCCUCAAGUCAGCUCGAAACCGGAUCUUCCCGGAGUUUCGAGCAACUUACUCGGAGCUAUUCGAUUCUCUUGAGAAAGAGCUUUCCCUUAAAGGAAAAGCCGAAUUCGGCGGCUCCAGUGAUGCAGCCGCCUUUAAUUUCUUGGCUAAAGCUUUCUACGGGACGAAUCCCGCAGAUACAAAGCUUAAAGCCGAUGCGCCGGGUCUCAUCACUAAAUGGGUCUUGUUCAACCUUCACCCUUUGCUCACUGCUGGUUUACCAAGGGUUAUAGAAGAGCCUCUCCUCCACACCUUUAGUUUACCACCAGCGUUGGUCAAAUCUGAUUACAAUAGACUCUACGAGUUUUUCUACGAAUCAGCCGGUGAAAUUCUCGUUGAAGCCGAUAAUUUGGGUAUCUCGCGAGAAGAAGCGACACACAACCUACUCUUCGCCACGUGCUUCAACACGUGGGGUGGGAUGAAGAUACUGUUCCCGAAUAUGGUUAAACGGAUCGGGCGAGCGGGUCAAAAAGUCCAUAUCCGGUUAGCGGAGGAGAUUCGAUCCGUGAUUAAAUCCAACGGCGGAGAAUUAACGAUGGGUGCGAUUGAGAAGAUGGAGUUAACCAAAUCAGUGGUUUACGAAUGUCUCCGGUUUGAACCGCCGGUUCCGGCUCAAUACGCUAGAGCGAAGAGGGAUAUGGUGAUCGAGAGCCACGACGCGGCGUUUAAAGUGAAAGCCGGUGAAAUGCUCUACGGUUACCAACCGUUGGCGACGAAGGAUCCGAAGAUUUUUGAUCGGGCGGAUGAGUUUGUGCCGGAGAGAUUUGUCGGAGAGGAAGGAGAGAAGCUUUUGCGGCAUGUGUUGUGGUCUAAUGGACCGGAGACGGAGACUCCCACAGUGGGGAAUAAACAGUGCGCCGGUAAGGAUUUCGUUGUUUUGGUGGCGAGGUUGUUCGUGAUUGAGCUUUUCCGGCGAUAUGAUUCGUUUGAUAUUGAGGUUGGUAAGUCGGCGUUAGGUAGCUCCGUUAAUUUCUCGUCGUUAAGGAAAGCUAGCUUUUAGGAGCUAUGGGGUAAGAUUGUAAUUUGUCACUAUGUUCGCACGUGUGUAAUCAAUCAAUCAUUUUUUUUUUUUUUUUUUUCGUUCAUCUUAUUUUCUUGUACUUCGUAUGAAUUUAAUAAAGUGCUGUUUAUUUUUGCCAGUACUGUUUUUUUGUAAUGUGAUAUUGCUAUGUAUUUUUUUUACAAUGUUGUUUUAA